AUGUCGGCACCCCCACUUUUCGCGCAGCUUUGUACUUCUCUAGGCUACGUCCAACAAUUAAACAUCACCAACAUUGAGAGCAAGCAUUGCUUCGGCAACUCCACUCUCAACUUCAACUGCGACAACUCACAAUGGUAUGCCGCACUCAACAUCUCCAGCGCCGUACAGCCUGGCAACACAACCCCGGGAGACGGCUGGUCCUACAUCGCGUCUGACGUGCUGUCUACCCUACUCCCCCUAUCCGACAAGCCUCUAAGCAUCGAGUGUCCUAUGCCUAUCUGUAUCUACGGCAUCACUGGCUUCUACUCCUCCUGGCAACGCUACCUGUUUAUCACUAACGUCGCCGUCGCCAUCGUCGCGGUUCCCCUGACUGUCCUACGCGGCGUCGCACAGAUCUACGUAACCAUCAUGGGCUUUAUCUCCGCGAUUAUGAUGUAUACUAUUAUCAGCCACGAGGCGACGCCGCAGACUAUCUUUGAUGCGGACUUCUUCCCCGCCUGCCAGUUCUUCUCGUGCUGCUGGAUACUCUGCAUCUGGUGGCUCCUCCUGCGGAAGGGCAUUAAGGGCACAGCAGUUCUCAUGGCCGGGAAUCGCGCUACGGGACCGCGCGAAUUUGUGCUGGACCCCUCCAGAGUGUCGGGGACCUUUCAGGAGCGCCUGCAGACAGUGAUGUUCUCCGCGGCCAUUCCUAUCGUGUGGAUUAUGGGGAUGUCGACCGUGACGGCCGUUGCAUAUGAUCUCAGCACACAGCUUAAUGUCCCCGCCGUUGUGGUUUCGUCUGCGUCGGAGUACCGUAUCACAAGCCCGUGUUACGCGGACGCUGGAGGAAUGAUAAACAUGUGGCAUGGUUCUCCUAACAAUGUCUUCCGCCAACAAAAUGAGCUUCAGCUCGUGGUGCCGCCGAUGCCGGCAGAGGUGACGGACAUCACAUCGGCUGGGAGUCUCGUGUCGCGGAGUUUGUCGAUUGCACGGCCGGUGAAGUGGUGGGAAUUUGCGACGCCUCUGUUUGUGGUUUCCGGGGGAGGUCUCAUUUGCGUCGUUGCAUUUAUGUUCCUCAACGAGAUAGAUUUAGGUGUCUUCCCGUCUAACUUAUUUCGGAUAAUUCUUGUUGGCUCGGGAAUUGCUUCCUUUGCCAUAAUCGAGAAGCGGAUCCUUGAGAACGGGAUACCGCAGGCCGAGGUAUUCAGACAGGUGGGUCAGUGGGCACCGUGGACAGCAUCUAUACUUGUUGGGAUUGGAACUGUGGUGUACAGGUUGUCGGGGCUUGAUGAGGGUGCUAGUGAUGACGAUGAGGAUUCUCGGAGAGGUUUGUUUGAUCUUGGCCUCUGA